AUGACGAACCCAACAACUCAAAUUGCUCUCAAGAACACCACGAGCUCCUCGACAGUGUACGCCUACGUUACAGGUCUAGACAUCAACAGGAACUACACCUACGCCUUUCUACGGUCCGACGGCAAGACGCUGUACUAUCCUGAGUCACCAUCACAGCCACUCCAACCUCUCGGGGCCGAUUGUGCAAUCCCACUAGGUGCUCCGGGCAGCACGACCACAGUUACGAUUCCUCAGCUUGCUGGCGGCCGCAUCUGGUUCAUCGUUGGCGACAAGCUCACCUUCUUCCUUAACCCCGGCCCCGGAAUCGUCGAGCCCAGUGUCACGAACCAAGAUGAUGUCAAUUAUAAGCUCAACUGGGGCUUCUGCGAGUUCACCUGCUACGUCGACUUCGUAUCUCUUCCCAUCGCUCUUGAGCUCCGCAACACUGCGGGAAAGACACAGGUCGUCCAGGGCCUGCCCAAGGACGGUCUAGAUCAAAUCUGUGCCAAGUUGACACAGCAGGGCGCUUCUGAGAAUGCGGCUUGGGGAAAACUUAUCGUCAAGGGCGCCGAUGGAAAGAACUUGCGUGCGCUGAGUCCCAACAGCGGACGUAUUGCCAACAGCCACCUUUUCGACGGCUACUACCAAUCCUACGUAGACCAAGCUUGGGCCAAAUACGCCAACGAGGACCUCAAAGUGGACACGCAGGCGCAAUGGGGCGUCGUCACAGGCCGUGUCAACGCCAACGGCCUCCUGAGCUUCCCCAACGUAGGCACAUUCGCGAAGCCAUCAGCCAUCGACAUCUUCAGCUGCAGCACGGGGCCCUUCGGGAGCUAUCCUGUAGCGACGCGCGAUCAGAUGGGGGCUAUUGGGGCGCGCCUGGCCGCGGCGCUGAACCGCACGACGCUCGUGUCCAACGCGAACCAGCCUGACGCCAUCUCGUCCAACGGGACCAAUAACUACUACAAGGCGAGCCCGACCAACCACUACGCGCGCAUCGUUCACAGCGUCAACCUCGACGGCAGGGGAUACGCCUUCCCCUACGACGACGUCGUCCCUAGUGGGGCUACGGGACCCGAUCAGGCGGGCACCGUCUUCGAUGGAUCGCCGGAGUUGCUCACUGUUACUGUGGGCGGGCCGGCGAGUGGGAGUGCAAGGGAGGGCGGGACUGGGAAGGAUGUGGUUGGAGGCGGAGAGGAGAAGAAGAAGAAGAAGACCAAGACAUUCAUGGGUGAACUCGAGGGAUUCUUCAAGAGGAUGAUGUCGAUGAUCAAGGGAGUCUUCCACAAGUGA